AUCUUGAUAUGGGUUGUCCUUUCUUGGAAAGUAGUUUCUUGAUUUAAAACGAGCUCUUGAGCAGAACAGCUUUUUUUAGCCUAGUUUUUAAUAGUACGCCUAUGGUAGACUUUGCAGCGUUAAUAGCUGUAAUACCCAGAACUUGCCACACGUCGGCAGUCAAGUUGUCUACUCAGGUUCAUUCAGAGUUCCAACCCAUAAAUCAUAGUUUGUAUAAAUACAAGAAAAACACACGGACUUCAUGUUAAUUGAAGAUAAAGUACUUCACAAUCCAAGUUAUCUUUAUUUAACGGAAAUUAAUAUUGUCCGUGUAAACAGAAACAAAAAAAACAGAGUUUAACUUGGAGAUUUUACAUUUUAAGUGUUUUUGGUCAUUUUUGGAUUCAGAUGCUGAUUUGAUUAUUAGCUUGAUUAGUUCAUUUUGCUUUCUUUUCAUGUUAUAUAGCAACGUGUAGCAGUUUGAUCAAGUUUCUCCUACUUUCUCUCUUCACACACACCUGGCAGCCCUGUAUGAUGCCAUCCUAUUGUACCAUCCUUGAAGAAAAGCAUGACAGAAACCUGUCUGGGAUGUCGCUCCCGCCAUCUCGUAUCAUCCAGCUCUUUCACACGUUUAGAGCUGCAGCUCAGUAGUUUUAUUGCCUCCCAGAGUUUAAUUAGGGGCACAGAUUUUCAACUUUGAUCUGUGGAGUUGUUGUGUCUUAGUCGCCCUGCAGUGCAACGUGGCAAAUGUUAUUGUGCUCAAAGGAAGAAAAAAACUAAUCACCUCAUACGUUCAUAAUAAAGUGAGCUCACAGGUAUAUGUCACAGCUAUAUAACUUUUGAAAAGUGGCUGUGAGUCAUCUGCCAGCGUGUGAGCGCGUGCUGUGAGCGUGUGUGUGUGUGUGUGUGUGUGUGAGGUGUGUGACUGUUUGUGUUGUGAGAGGACAAUCUGAUGUUCUGCCAGUAUGUCCGCGGUGCCCCGGUGCGCUCAUUGGUGCGUCCCUCCAACGUGUCACCAGUUUUGGUGGAUUACCCCCAGAUAUCUUCAGCAUCAGGAGGGUGGGACGUCACUCCGCUGCUUUCUCACCUGCGGUCCUCACGGCGUCCAGCUGCCAACAAGAACCUCUCAUUUGCAAAAAGAAAACUUAGAGGAAAGUAGAUCUUAAAAAAAAACUUUUAUUUGCCGACUUCUCACUCCGAGCGCAACAAUGCGACUGUUUACUUCACGCUGGAGGAUGGCGCCGUCCUUUUCUUUCGUUUUGCUGACACCCUUUUUGUUGAAGGGUCUUUGGGUCAGCGGCUCUCCGGCUUGCGCGUCCUGCGGCUUCCCGCCGAUGGAGAAAGACGCGGAGGAGAGGCUGAUGAUAGAAUUCGCCAAACAGCAACUUUUGGACAAACUCCACCUGAAAGAGAGACCAAACAUCACUCAAACCGUGCCCCGGGUUGCGCUCCUCACUGCGCUGCGCAAACUGCACGCGGGCCGCGUCAGACAGGAUGGCACCCUGGAACUAGAGAACAGUGCGCCAGCCAAAGAUCAAGGCUAUGAAAUUGUGAGCUUUGCAGAUACAAAUGGCUCAGAGAGGGGUGACAAGGCCAGCCUUAGCCUUACCUUUCAAUUUCUGCAGGAACGCGGCAAGAGCGUCCAGGUCCUCCAGUCGUCCCUGUGGAUCUACGCCCACGCCUCUCAGGACCCCCACCGGAGCUCCCGUCUUCUUGCCCGGGUCUUCCUCUCCGCAGAUGGCGAAAUCUCCGAUUCCAACCGCACCCUGGUGAUAGAAAAGAUGCUGGAAGUUCAGGAGAGUAACUGGCACACGUUCUCCAUCACCCGCACUCUGCAGGCGUUCCUGGAUGGAGGCGAGAGGCGGCUGCGGCUCGAGGUCAGCUGCGAAGAAGACGGGAAGAACCUUUGCUCUCUGGACGGCUCCGCCGACACGCCCAACCAGCCCUUCAUGGUGGCCCAGGUCCGUCUACGCGACGACCGCUCCAAGCACGUAAUCCGGAAGCGCUCGUUGCAUUGCGGGGAACAUGUCACGGUCUGCUGCAAAAAAGACUUUUACAUCAAGUUCAAGGACAUCCAGUGGGACGAGUGGAUAAUUGCACCCGAAGGCUACCACAUGAACUACUGCAUGGGCCAGUGUCCCCAACAUCUGGCUGGUUCUCCAGGCAUAGCCUCCUCGUUCCACGCCGCUGUCUUCAGCCAGCUCAAAGUCAACGGCAUCAACACGGCCACAUCUUCGUGCUGCAUUCCCACCGAGCGCCGGCCGCUCUCCAUGGUCUACUUCAACUCUCAGCACAGCAUUGUCAAAACGGACGUCUCUGACAUGAUAGUGGAGUCCUGCGGAUGCACAUAAAAUACAAGACACUUUGUAGAUACCCCGUUGCGUUUUAGACAGAAAGACUUAAAAAGACAGCAAAAUGCACAUAAAUAGUGUAGGAAUGUCAGACUUUGGACCACCGACAUUUGUAGUUUUCAUACAAGACUGUACACUACAAAAUGAGAAAUACCCACAAAAUGCUAAAUGUUUUUUUUUACUAAUUCUUAUGCAAUUUUUAAAUAUAUAUAUUUAUAAAGUGUUUUAUAGAAGCAGGAAAAGUCAAAAUUGUUGAAGUAUUGUAGUGAGUAGUGUGCCUCACAGUAUUUCUUUAUUGCAAAGUACAACAAAACCCAUGGGAUUCAGUAGUUAAAAUCUUAAUGCAAUUUCUUCAAAAUCUACAUUUACUGUGAAAUUACACAGCUACAUCAGUGUAAAUGUCUAAAUUAUAUUUAUUUUAUUUUAUAAAUAUGAAGUUUUUUAUAAACUGGUGCCAGCAUUCAAAACAGAGACGGUGGUAUGUUUACCAGUGAACUCUUUCCAAGCAUUUCAGGUCUUCCUUCUUUUCUUUAUAUUUCUCUUUAAGUGCUUAAGAAAUUGAAUACGUCGUAAUGUUUCUGUCCAUCAGAUCAGAGAACAGCUUUUGUUUUUGCCUCAGUUCAUUUCUCAGUCUCAGGGAAGGCAGCAGAUUGUUUUUGUUUUUUUUUUCUUUUAGUCAGCUUUAUAUUGUAGCAAAUAAAUUCACCGACUAUGUUCAGAUGUGUUCCUGAGGCCAGGCAGUACACAACUGUCUGACCCAACAAAUAAUUCCCUCGAAUAUAAGGAAACUGGAGUUGCAGUUUACUAAAAAAAAAAGGAAAAUAAUAUGAAUAAAAAAAAGAUUCAGUUUGAUAAAAAAAGAUGUUUUCUGUUGAUUACAUGGAUUUAAUCUUUCUGAAAUCACAGCUGCAGGUUUGACGUUUUUCAAACUGUGAAGUGUUCAAGAACAAAAGAGCCAGCUGUUUCAAAGCAAGGCUUUAACGGAGGGGUCUUUGAUUCAAAGUGUGCCUUCUUCUGUAAUUUAUCAAGUUGAAAUUGCAGGAUGAAAUUAGUUUGCCAGAAAGAAACCAAAGAGACAGUUUAUACGUUUGUCUUAUGAAUGAUUUAUUGAGUCAUUUUUUGAACCUGUGCACCCACCCUGACAUAAAUUACCUGUAUUCUACGCAUUUCAUCUGUAUUUCUUACAUUUAGGAAAUUUUGCCUCUGUAUUGUCAAAAUGUACUGAUUUAGGUUUGUUACACACUGCAAAGAAAUCAGAAACGAGCAGGUCUGAGCUACAAUCUGCCCCGCUCCCUGACUACACAAGACUUAUGCAGCAUAAAGGCUUUUUGCAUUAUGUUAAAUCUCCGUCUGCACUGUAAUAUUGACACAAGUAGGUGAAUCCUUUGUGCCAGUUUAUGAACUCAAGGUCAUCUCACAGCAGUAUGAGCAAACAUUUAGCUAUUGCUUCACUUGUCGGCUAAUGUGAAGGUCUGUAAGGCAGGUGGGUCAACGAGCAUGUGCUGUUGCACGUUGGCAUUUAUAGCUUUCAAAGUCUAAAGUUUCCAGGGAUGAUGCAAAUUUAGUAUCUUUCCAGCUCCAGGAAAUCUAGCUGUGUCUGUUUUUGGAAAAACCUUGAUGGCAUUUUAAUAGCUCGUUUUUGGUUUGAAGGUUUACGCUUGACGGUUUUCAGAUUUAUUAUCAAACGGAUCAUUUAUAAAUAGAUAAAACGUGGUAAGUAUUGUAAUUAAAAAUAACACCUUCCAUUUUAAACAUGCUUUGAAUAAAGCAUGGGGAGUGUGUGCAAUAUUCAAACAAGGCACCUCUAAAAUAUUUUCUACGAGUACAUUCGAGUAUUUUCCAAAGAUUUUAGUCGGAAUAUUUUAUAAAAAUUUUGAGCCACAAUAGCAACAGUUUUCUGCUCUGAGCACUGAGUUCAAACCUGUGUAGAAAUACUUAAAAUCCAUGAUUUAAAGUGAACAUAUCAACAAUACUAAGCUUGCUUCUUUUCUAACAGCUCAAAUUCAGCUUCACUUGCCUUUAUUCUACAAAUGACUUAACUGAUAAAAAACAAUCCAAGCAUUAUCUCUUCAUUUAAAUUCACACCUGCUCAUGGCUCAGUGACCCGCAGGGCCCACAUGGCUGACUUCAGUGUUUCCUUUAAUUUGUCACCUGUUUUUAUCCUGUAUACACUUCCCAUCACAGGAAUCACAGUGAGAUUGAAGUGCCAUUGAAGCACAGUUAAACCAAGCACUUUAUCACCCUUCUACUGCAAUUUCACAGCAAACUUUGCUUGACGGAUAUUUUACUAUAACGAAGGUGGAAACAACCAAAAGCAAACGCGUCUGUGCUUCCUUUCCCAAGUUUUACUUGUGUUUUACAUGUUGUGUUGUAAAUAUGAGAGCAUACAGAAGAUGUAACAAGUGAAAAUGAUUCCUCUGAAAUGUAUAAUUGACUUUAUAUUUUAUAUAAUUCUGUAUUUUACAUCUGUAACUAAUUAAGAUUUCAAUAGCAUCAUGUAUUGAAAUGAUUUGAUUACAGAUGAAGUGUGUCUUUUUAAAUAAAAAAAGUA